AUGAUCACUAACACUCUUUUUGAAAGUUCCAGUUUAGGCGUAACAAAUUUUGACACCAUUAUCAAGAAAUUAGAGCACAAAGCAUUGUCGGUACUAAAAUAUUUGAACUUGAGUUGGAAACAAGCGGCUGAUUUAAGAUUAGCUCAGUUAAAUGAAAUGGAUGAGUUUCAUCUUUGGGUAUACGAAAGAACCAGCCCUUAUAAAGAAAGGAUGAAACUAUACCAUGAGCGGAGGAUCGAAAAGAGAGAGUUCCAAGUUGGGGAUUUGGUUUUGCUGUUUAACUCAAGAUUCAAAUUGUUCCCAGGAAAUCUGAAAUCAAAAUGGUUUGCUUCAUUCAAAGUAACUCAAGCAUUUGCAUCCGGAGUAAUAGGGCUUGAAAAUAGGGAUGUUAAGCUGAUUAAGGUUAAUGCACAACGUAUCAAACAAUAUGUGAGACCAAAAAGAGGUAAAGCUGGUAAUGUCAAUGUAUUUGAUGAAGUCUGA